UCGUCAUGGAAUCGUCCUAGGAUCUUGGGUAUCAAGUGGCGAUUGUCGUGCGACAACAUUGUUACAUCUAUGGAGAUAAUAACUUUUGAGAAGAUAAGCAACCGAGCAGGUGACGCGGAAGGAAUUCGUUUUGCUUAGGAUCUGGUUGACUAGGCGUACUGCGCGAAUGAACCGCUUUACGAGCGAGCUUAACCUCUGAAAACGAACUCAGUCAGAUGCGUAUGAUUGUCAGCUGAGAUCUGUCAGAAUCACGCAACGAGCAACCGCAGGCUUGUCUAAAUUAAAGUGAGUGCGGAGAUGUAAACUGCUGUUGUGGGCUCUGGGCGGCGGGCGAUUCCACCUCGUCAAUUGCUAACUCCUUAGUACGAUCGGAUAGUGUGGAAUCGAUGGCGAUUGUUGGUGACUAAUUCGUCAACGUUCAGUCAGGUGAUACACGUGCGCUGGAUACCAAAUGAUUGUACCAGAUGGCGAACUCUGAGCAAAAAGCGAUACAGCUGUUGGCGGAAGCCGACAAGAAGCUCAAAUCGGCUCAAGGAUUCUUCGGGUCGAUGUUCAACGCCGAGUCGAAGAUCAUCGACGCGUGCGAACUGUAUACUAAGGCAGCGAAUUCGUUCAAGAUGGCAAAAAAAUGGUCGGCUUCUGGAUCAGCCUUUUGCAAAAGCGCCGAACUUCAGCUGAAGCUAUCCAACAAACAUGAGGCGGCCACCAACUAUGGAGAAGCUGCUAACUGUUACAAGAAGAGCGAGGCCCACAAGGCCGUCGAAUGUUUGCAAAAAGGCAAUGAAAUUUAUACAGAUAUGGGGCGCUUUACGAUGGCAGCGAAAAACCAUAUGAUUAUAGCCGAGAUCUACGAGAACGAGAUUGCCGACCUAGAUCGUGCUAUCUCACAUUACGAACAAGCAGCCGAUUAUUUCAAGGGCGAAGAAUCCUACAGUUCAGCAAACAAGUGCCUGCUACAGGUUGCCAGAUACUCGGCACAGAUGGACAAAUAUGAGAAGGCAAUCAAUAUCUUUGAGGAGGUGGGUAAAUCAGCCCUUGACUCAGCUUUACUCAAAUCGAGCGCAAAAGAGUACUUCUUUAAGGCGGCGUUAUGUCACCUGUGCAUCGACACGCUCAACGCAACCCAAGCGGUAGCAAAGUACAGCGAGAUCUUCCCCGCUUUCCAGGAUUCGCGCGAGUGUAAACUCAUUACGACGCUUGCUACCAAACUCGAGGAUCAGGAUUUGGACGGGUUUACGGCAGCUGUCGCCGAUUAUGAUGCCAUCUCACGAUUCGACCAAUGGUACACCGACAUCCUGCUCAAAAUAAAAAAAGUGCUGCAGGAGCAAAACGAUUUGUGCUAAAUUGAAAACGACAUAGCGUGAAUGACAACAACAACUGAGUUAACUCAAAAUGGCCGCGAUUCUAUUCGGAUAUGGUUAAAUUAUUGUUGCAGUGGGUGCAGCGAAGAUCCGCGAGCGCCCCAAGCCACCGCCUGGCGAGCAAAGAGAAACAUACAGAAAUCAUGGAAAAAGGUGUGGCACUACUUGUUAAAGGCAACAUGGUGUAACAUGGCGUGAAACGCAAAUAUUGAUGAUUGCUGGUAUCGAUGCUUGACGCCGUAACAGCGUGUUUGUUUCUUACAAGUUUUCUUCACCGAUCCAAUGUCAGUCGCAAAGGCAGAGUCAUGCAGACAGUGUACUCAGUUCAUACAUCUCGUGGUUUCAGUUCAAUCGCGAGAAAGGAAAGCAAGGCAAUCGAACGGAAAAAACUAGUAGCUAGGUGAAUAUCAACAGUCGAUCUCGGUUAUUAUUAAAUGGCGGCCUAUUCAAUUCUGUGUCGCUCAGUGCGUGUGAUGGAGAUGAACUGAAUGGUCAGUCGGCAUGAUUACAUGCAGUGGAAAAGUGUCACGUAUAUUACGACGAAUAGGUACAUCCAGUUAGCCAAAGUGGGUGAUGAUAGCGAUCGUUAAGGUUAUAGUAAAGUCGAAUAAUAGGCGAGAUGUCUGCUGAAAAGAAUCUCAUGUUAAAAGGAAUAAAAUGGCCACUAGAUGUCACCGGUUCCGAUUUGUGCUUUCUGGCUAAUAUCCUUAAUGUUUUAAGGUAACUAAGCGCAAAAGGACUUGGCAACUUAUGCUGUAAACCUUUUUGCUUCAUAUAUUUACGCACGAAAUGUGCAGAGGAAAAACUAUGAACACAAUCGUUCUUUGACCUCCAGUCAACCGUAGUGGAAUGGAAGAUAUGGUGUUGGCUUUCAAACGAAAAGGAUCUCGCGGAGAAGCUUCAUAUGAUCGGAAACGAAUUCGAUUGACCGGAAAAAAAUAGGUGGUUAAUUCAAUUCGAUCAAGCAAAUCGUGUCGAAGCGAGUUGCCUGUUCUGUUCUACUGACAAAAGAACAACAAAAUUGUAUUGGUGAUUCUAGAUUCAAGGUCACAUGGCUGGAACCCAUAUGUUUUAAACCAUUGCUCACUUGAGCUAGUUAUUAAACAGUAGCAAAGAAUUUGCUUUUUUUUGAAUAGCUGAUAAAACGUCGCCAAGCCUAAUGAAGACUGGGGCUCUAUGUGCCGUCGGCGAUUACGUCGACUGGAUGUAGCAGCGAUGUAAAAAACCCAUUGGCUAAAUUCUUUAUGGAGAAAACGAAAGAACGUUCGUAUAUAUAUAUAUAUAUAGGAAAACGCUUAUUUUGUACGAAGUGUUUGCUUCUGAUGCAAUAUUCACAGCGUUUAAUGGAACGAAAAAAACACAGGUGGAGCAAAAGCCGCUUUACAAAAGAGUGAAUCCACGUGAUAAAAAAAUGGAGUAUAACCUCUAAAAAAAAUCAUAUAAACUAAACACGCUGCCACAUCUCUAAAAAGCUCGUCCUCAGUUAACGAAAAUUGAUCUCAAAGCUAUACUUCUGCAAUUUAUCGGUUUGUUAUUAUCCUUAUCUGAUUUCUUGAGCUGUUUUUCGUGUUUCACGUCCGAUACUUAGGUCAUUAGGCACUGUUUCAGAUUGGUUCCUCCAGCACAAAACGAAGUGUCGACGCGCGGAUUCAAACUUAGACCACUCCUCACAACUUAAGCUUAACAGGCAAACAUGUUAGCUAUUGCGAUGCCGAUACCGAUAAACUGUCGGAUAAACCUUCUCAUUUCUAGCAACUAGUUGCUGCGAUUUGACACACGCAAAUGGGGAAUUUUAAUUGUAAAAUGUUUUUUUUUCAUUGCUCUUGUAUCAGUUGCUACUUGAAUGUACGGCAAAUAAACUAAUUGUUUUGACGAAUAUAGAGAAAAACAUAGUAAUGAGUGGCUCGUGCUGUGUUCCAUUACGGGACGCUAAAUAUCAUCGUGUUUUGUUUUAUACAAAAAAUAAAUUACCCGGGUUUGGGAUAGCGGGCAUACAGCUUUGUCGGAGCUUCUUUCCGCGUCCAUCGCCACUAUUACAUCAGAGCCAUGAAUUACGUUUUCUUGGACUAUUACGAUAAGAAUCAUUAGCUUGGCAUUGCUGUCCAUGCGUGACGAUUGUCUCGAAAAUAGAAUCAACAAGUGCAAUAGAGAAAAAAAUUAAACAACCAGCAGCUGUGAAGAAUUCUAUUCCGCCUGUUUAAUGCUAUGGGUUUAACUUGAGUGGUUUUAUAUACUAUUGUCAUAUUACUGUUGUACAUUGUUAUACGUAGAUGACAUCAGAUAAGAAACAUAUAUAUAUAUAUAUAUAUAUAUAUAUAUAUAUAUAUAUAUAUAUAUAUCGCCGUUGUUUUAGACGUUAACCCAGCCAAAGGGUGUAAUACGGCAGGCUUCUUUGGGCGGCUUUUACUAAUCACACGCGUCAUGCAAAAGGUGAUAAUGAAUAUUAUAAGGACACAGCGUAUGGAAAAACGUAAAUUUUACGCAAUUAUUUAAAAAUAGAGAGACGAAAAGGCGAAUGCCGCAGUUAGAAAAAGAGGAAUAAAAGGGAGAAAUAGCCGAGAAUGAUUAGUGGGUAAUGAUAAUCACUUCUUGGGAGGGGCUGUUGGUACGAGGAAUGGAUGAAACUAAGCUAAGUAAAGAUAAUGGUAAGAACAUUACUAACAGACAACUAUGACACACUAACAACGGCAUGAGCUGCGAUAAGAGUUCGCGAAAUCAUUCGACGUCAUGACGAACAUCAACAUCAUAGAUCGAGGCUAAGCAUGAUUAUUGGAGGGUUAUAGAAGAUCACCAUUCUGAGUAGAAAAAUAAUAUUAUUGAGACACAGUACACUAUGAGAUAUAAUAAUAACGAGAUCGGCGAAAGAAGCUAAGAAUAACGAUUCAUAAAACGACGAAAGUGUGGAUUAACGAAAACAAAUCGCAACAAAUCGAGAUGACGAUUAUGGGAAAAAUCAAUGUCAUAUAUCGAAGACAAAACACAUUUUAUUUCGCUAUUACGACACGUUACCAAAAUACGUUAUAUUUUUAUUGCUGUUUUUAGUAUCAUAUUACUAUUAUUACAGGAGUACAGAUGCUGAUGAUCAUAUUGUACUAAUGUACUAAGGAGAGAUAACGAUUACUCUAAUAGUAAUAACAGAAAAUGUUCAUAUUAUGUAAGAAGCCAAUAGGAUUAUUUACAAAUAGUGUAGCGUAACACUAUAUUAACAUAAUUGUAACAAUAAGAAUAAUGAUGAUAGUUAAUGAUGAUGCACUCUUGUAUAUUCUGUUUUACCAGUGCUUAGUUAUCAUAAUACGGUGACGAUGAAUAAGAAUAAAGGAUUCUAACAAUAGCAAUUAUUACUGCUGUUAACCCGA